AGCCCGCAGCGGCUCCUGGCUCAGAGCGCUCGAGGCGAGCAGAGCUGGCGGGCGCCGGGGACAGGGCCAGUGCAGGUGGCGAGGCAGCCCGGAAAGGAGCAGAGGAAGCGGGGCGGCCGGGGUGCCGCAGCCGGCGGCGUCGGGGCCGCAGCCUCGACCUUUGGCGCUCCCCUUGCGCCGAGUCCCUGCGCCCAGGGCGCACGGUGGGGAGGGACGCGGCGCCCAGCGCCCCGCUGCAAUGGAGCCAUUCUCCACUGCCGACACCGAGCUGCAGCCCCCUCUCCUCGCCAACGCGUCGGACGCCUUCCCCAGCGCCUUCCCCCGUGCGAGCGCCAAUGCGUCGGGGCCGCCGGGCGCACGGAGCGCCUCCUCUCUCGCCCUGGCCAUCGCCAUCACCGCUCUCUACUCGGCAGUGUGCGCCGUUGGACUGUUGGGCAACGUGCUCGUCAUGUUCGGCAUUGUCCGGUAUACUAAGAUGAAGACAGCCACCAACAUCUACAUCUUCAACCUGGCCUUGGCAGAUGCACUGGCCACCAGCACACUGCCCUUCCAAAGUGCCAAGUACUUGAUGGAGACGUGGCCCUUUGGGGAACUGCUCUGCAAGGCCGUGCUUUCCAUUGACUACUAUAACAUGUUCACCAGCAUCUUCACACUCACCAUGAUGAGUGUUGACCGCUACAUCGCAGUCUGCCAUCCUGUCAAGGCCCUGGACUUCCGCACACCUGCCAAGGCCAAGCUGAUCAACAUCUGCAUCUGGGUCCUGGCCUCAGGUGUUGGAGUGCCCAUCAUGGUCAUGGCUGUGACCCGUCCCCGGGACGGAGCUGUGGUGUGCACGCUGCAGUUCCCCAGCCCCAGCUGGUAUUGGGACACCGUGACCAAGAUCUGCGUGUUCCUCUUCGCCUUCGUGGUGCCCAUCCUCAUCAUCACCGUGUGCUACGGCCUCAUGCUGCUGCGCUUGCGCAGCGUGCGUCUCCUGUCAGGCUCCAAGGAGAAGGAUCGCAGCUUGCGGCGCAUCACGCGCAUGGUGCUGGUGGUGGUGGGCGCCUUCGUGGUGUGCUGGGCGCCCAUCCACAUCUUCGUCAUCGUCUGGACACUGGUGGACAUCGACCGGCGCGACCCCUUCGUGGUGGCCGCGCUGCACCUGUGCAUUGCCCUCGGCUACGCCAAUAGCAGCCUCAACCCUGUGCUAUAUGCCUUCCUCGACGAGAACUUCAAGCGCUGCUUCCGGCAGCUCUGCCGCUCGCCCUGCGGCCGCCCGGAACCUGGCAGCUUCAGCCGGGCCCGCGAUAAUACGGCCCGCGAGCGGGUCUCCGCCUGCACCCAAUCUAAUGGCCCUGGCGGUGGCGCCGCCGCCUGACUAGGUCAGGCUGGCUCCCCGCGCACCCUGCGGAAGUGCCCCAGCGGCCGAACCAAGUUCUAAUGGAGGCGGGGCUACGACCCAGAAAGGGGCAGCAGGGGAGCCAGCGGCUCAGCCGCCAGAACAGGGCCUCUGUUUCGGGGA